AGUCUCUCGACCCUCGGUCGCUUGCCUGGAUCUUGUUUCUUCCCAUCCCCCUCCAUCUAAUUGAUUUUGUUCCACCUGUGAUACCCACUUCGAGCACUUUUUCAUCCAUUCCAUAACAUCAUCAUGUCUCUCACUCAGAAAAUUGAGACCCCUAGCAUCACCUACGAGCAACCCAUCGGUCUCUAUAUCGAUGGCAAGUGGGUGAAGGGUGUCGAGGGCAAGACCUUUGAGACCAUCAACCCCGCCACCGAGAAGCCCAUCAUCUCCGUCUACGAGGCUGGUCCUGAAGAUGUCGAUAUCGCCGUCAAGGCCGCCCGUAAAGCCUUCAACGGCGUCUGGGCCCAGACCCUUCCUUCCACUCGAGGCGCCCUGUUGACUAAGCUGGCCGACUUGUUCGAUGAGUACUCGGACACCCUCGCCGCUAUUGAGGCUCUCGAUAACGGCAAGGCCCUGUCCAUGGCCAAGGUCGAUGUUCAGCUGUCCUCCGGCUGCUUGAGAUACUAUGGUGGAUGGGCUGAUAAGAUUCACGGAAAGACCAUCGACACAGAUCCAGAAACCUUCAACUAUACGAGACACGAGGCUGUCGGUGUUUGCGGUCAGAUCAUCCCAUGGAACUUCCCUCUCCUCAUGUGGGCGUGGAAGAUCGGACCUGCUUUGGCCACUGGUAACACUGUCGUUUUGAAAACCGCUGAACAGACUCCUCUCUCUGGUCUGUUUGCCGCCACUCUUGUUGAGAAGGCUGGAUUCCCCGCCGGUGUCGUCAACAUCAUCUCUGGAUUUGGUAAGACUGCUGGUGCCGCCAUUGCCUCGCAUAUGGAUAUCGACAAGGUUGCCUUUACCGGCUCAACCGUUGUCGGCCGCACCAUCCUGCAAGCUGCUGCCAAAUCCAACCUGAAGAAGGUCACUCUUGAGCUCGGUGGCAAGUCACCAAAUAUCGUCUUCAAUGAUGCCAAUAUUGAUGACGCCAUCUCGUGGGUCAACUUUGGUAUUUUCUUUAACCACGGCCAGUGCUGCUGCGCCGGUUCCAGAAUCUACGUGCAGUCUGGCAUCUACGACAAGUUCAUCGAGGCAUUCAAGGCCCGAACUGCCAAGAAUGUCGUGGGUGACCCAUUCAAGGCUGAUACCUUCCAAGGCCCCCAGGUCAGCAAGCUUCAGUUUGAUCGUAUCAUGCAAUACAUCCAAUCUGGCAAGGAGGCCGGUGCCAAGGUCGAGACUGGUGGUGAGCGACACGGAACCGAGGGCUACUUCAUCCAGCCCACCAUCUUCUCCAACGUCAGCGAGGACAUGAAGAUUAUGCAGGAAGAAAUCUUCGGACCUGUCUGCGCCAUCAGCAAGUUUGAGACCGAGGAGGAGGUCAUCAAGGCCGGUAACGAGACCACCUAUGGUCUUGCCGCCGCUGUCCAUACCACAAACCUCAACACUGCCAUCCGCGUUGCCAACAGCCUCAAGGCUGGCACCGUCUGGGUCAACAACUAUAACAUGCUCAGCUACCAGGUGCCCUUCGGUGGCUUCAAGGAAUCCGGUAUUGGCCGUGAGCUUGGAAAGUAUGCUCUCUCAAAUUACACUCAAAUCAAGUCUGUCAGAGUCCGCAUCGGUGGUGCUCUCUUUGGCUAGACGAGUCUACCAGAAAUCAAAUUGUGAAAAAGAAACCAAAAAAUUACAUAUGCAACAAGACAAGGACUACCCGAAGUUGUUGUUCGGAUGUACAAAGGAUAUGGCUCCUCGAGCCUGUGCAAUGUGGAUGAGGCUGCUGGCGCCAGAAAUUCAACUAUAGUCACGGUAACUCGGGAAAUGUCGCCCGAGUUCCAUCUCUUUAGUGUACAUGUCAUGAGUUAUGAUAUAACCAAGUAGUCCCCAAGACCACCUUUGCAAAAACUCAAAA